AUGGGUACCACCAGGGCCUUGCUGGUGUCAUUCCUCUUAAAUGCAGCACUCCUGGGUGCCACCUCACCUAAUCCCCAGUCUUCCAGAAAAGAUGCUGCAACCAAGGCCUACAGAACAAGUACUCCAGGUGCCUCUGUGAGCCUGGUGAACGGCAGGAACCGGUGUGAGGGGCGCGUAGAAAUUUCCUUCCCGGGGGGCCGGGGCACCGUCUGCGAUGACAGCUGGGACCUGAGGGAUGCCCAGGUUGUGUGCAGGCAGCUGGGAUGUGGCUCUGCUGUUUCUGCACCAUCAAGAGGCGCCUUCGGGCCGGGCCGUGGCAACAUCUACCUGGACGAUGUGAACUGUGCAGGCUGGGAGUCCUCCCUCUUCCAGUGCAGCCACAACGGCUGGGGCGUCCACAACUGUGGCCACAGUGAAGAUGCCGGUGUUGUUUGCUCAGACAAAAGAUUCUUUUGUGGCAGUCCACUUUUUACUCCCUCCGGGACAUUUGAGAGUCCUUAUCCUUUGAAUUAUCCAGAGAAAGCUGAUUGUUUGUGGGAAAUACAAGUAGCAAAUAAUUUCCGCAUUAUGCUCACAUUUGAAAGUGUUCAGUUGCGAGGUGGAUGCCUGUAUGACUACAUUGAGAUCUAUGAUGGGCCACCCAAUACUUCACCUCUACUUGGAAGAAUUUGUUCUACUUCUAAACUCACAUACAGGUCAUCCUCAAACUUUAUGACUGUCAAGUUUUACAGCGACUCCAGAUAUUCCAAUGGAAGGUUUCGGGCUCAGUAUGAGUCCUUCCCAGCAGACCAGAAUGCCACCCUUGCUUGCUACCCCACCUCCAUGAGAGCAGUUGUAGACAGAGGCUAUCUCCAGUCACAGGGCUACUCAGUCAGUAGCAUCAGCUUGCCUGACUCCAACUGCAGGCCAACAAUUACAUCAACGGCGGUGAUAUUCAACAUUCCCUACAACGGCUGCGGCACGCACAGACGGAGCGACAACGAAACCAUCAUCUACUCCAACGUGAUAAAAGCACCUGCUCCCAGUUACACCGUCAAAAGGCAGAAGGACCUUCACCUGCACGUCAACUGCAAAAUGAUCCAGAACACCUGGGUGCAAGCAGUGUACAUGGCCAAUGACAUCGCUGAUGUCAAUGAAACCCAGUAUGCCAGAUACGACGUCAACCUGGCGUUCUACAACUCCUCAUCUUUCCUGUGGCCGGUGCAGAGCUUCCCCUACUACGUUGACCUGAAUCAGAAUUUGUUCCUCCAAGCAUCUCUUCACAGCUCUGACCAGAACCUGAUAGUGUUUGUGGACACCUGCGUGGCAUCACCGGAUCCUAGCGAUUUUAGAACAACGACCUAUGAACUGAUCAAAAGGGGGUGUGCUGAGGACCCUACCUACUCUUCCCACCCCUCCCCGCGCAGCAGCGUGGCUCGGUUUUCGUUCAACGCUUUCUCCUUCGCCAAGCAGUACCCGUCAGUUUACCUGCAGUGUGAGCUGGUGGUGUGCAGGCACAGAGACAUCUCCUCCCGCUGCUAUCAGGGCUGUGUUAGGAGGCCCAAGAGGAAUUCAGGUUCUUCCCAGAAACUGGUGAAUGUUGUUGUUGGACCCGUGCAGCUUCGGGAAGCUCACGCUGAGAACAGGAACACUGCGCCCUAUCUCCAGCUGGUGAACGGAAGGCACCGGUGCGAAGGCCGCGUGGAGAUCUACUACAGAGGACGGUGGGGGACAGUCUGUGACGACUUCUGGGACCUUGCCGAUGCCCAGGUUGUGUGCAGGCAGCUGGGCUGUGGCAAGGCCAUUGCAGCUCUAGGAAGCGCGUACUUCGGGCAAGGCUCCGGCUACAUCCUGCUGGACAACGUGAGGUGCGCUGGAGAUGAGGUGUCCCUGCUGCGCUGCAAUCACACUGGGUGGAGGAUACACAACUGUGCCCACUAUGAAGAUGCUGGUGUUGUCUGCUCAGAGGAGGCUGAUGCAGCACCAACAACCUCCAUGGCACCAGCAACUCAAAUACUGGAG